AGCAACCUAUUUAAACGGUACGAGUUAUUAUCAUUCAACCAUUCUGUACUAUCAGUUUUUGUUACAUCAACCUUAUUGUUUCUUUCAUUAUGGCAGCUGGGACAAAUAUUCGACAGAUACUAGGACUUGAGGACCUGGCUAAAAUGAAGGUACUGUCCGCGGCUCUACUAGCAGAAUUUCUGGGGACAGCUAUAUUAGUACUUAUCGGCUGUGGCUCUUGUAUCACUGGAUGGGACCUAGACUACUCUCCCACAAUUGUCCAGAUCGCCCUAGCCUUCGGUGUGACUGUGGGGACAGUAGUACAGUUUAUCGGGCACGUCAGUGGAGGACACAUUAACCCUGCUGUCACCCUAGGAUUUCUGGUCACCAAGAAGAUUUCCCUUUUUCGUGCGAUGCUUUAUGUGAUUGUCCAGUGUUUGGGGGCAAUAGUAGGCGCUGGUUUGCUAAAGGGACUCACACCUUCCAACUUACAAGGAAACUUAGGGGCUACAGUGGUGAAUCAGCACUUGAGCCCAGUCCAAGGCUUCGUAGUUGAGCUGUGCAUCACUUUUGUCUUGGUGUUCACAGUCUUUGCCUGUUGCGAUGAAAACAGGGGUGACAUUAAAGGAUCUGCCCCUCUCGCAAUCGGUUUGUCUGUAGCAACCUGUCAUAUGUUUGCAAUUAAAUACACCGGGGCCAGUAUGAAUACAGCUCGUUCCUUCGGACCUGCGGUUGUAGCCAACGUUUGGUCGAACCACUGGGUGUACUGGAUUGGCCCUAUCCUUGGUGGCGUGAUAGCAGCACUGCUGUACCAGUUCAUCUUCUCGGCACCAACGCCACCUAGUGAAGAAUCUGAAUAUGCGGAAAAAGUGGAAUUACGAGAGAAACAAGAGACACCUUCGGUUUAAGAAUCCAGUUAAUACAUUUUUUUGUUGUUCGACAUAAAGCUUCUAGUUUUUCAAUAAUUUGUUCAACCACUUCAUAAUUAGACUUCGCUUCCUAAUAGCUGGAUAUACUUUGUGGAGUAUUAUACAAAAAUGUACCGGCAAGUACAAGUAAUAAUCAUAGUCGUGUAGAAAGAUACUUUUGUAUACAAAGUAGUAUUUUUUAGGUUUAACAGAAAUUCCUGUGUAUUACGGAAGAGUAUUUUAAAAAUAACCAUGCGUUACUUACUCAUCAUUAAACCUACCAGAUUAAUUACAUUCGGAUACUCGUAUCUAACAAUGGACUAAAACGUGUCAAAUACUCAAGACCUUAGAGAAAUUUAAUGCUUAUUACAAAAACAUAUAAUCAUAAGUUAGAUUUAAUCUCAACUACCUUCUUAAGUCAUCCAGCAGAAGCAUCUAAGUAUAUGCACAACACACUGGAUCACUGAAGUCCAAAAGGUACCGAAUUAAUCAACAUUUGUCACAUCCAAUAAAAUUUUAUUUUAACAAAAAGUAAAUUUUUACAUCGUAUUCCUAUUUGAAAAUUCAUAGCUAAUAGUGUGUACAAAUUCGUUUGGAAAGUCAUCAGCAUUUAUAAUUUUGAAACAAGUUAAAAAUUUCCUACAAAACUAAUUGAGGCCAAAGUUUAGUAAGUAAUAUAGUAAAGGACAGAACCAUGAAUGUUGCUAUUCUUUUGAGAUUUCUUUUAAGUUUUAAAUUUUUUUUGUAUAAAACACCUAUGUUUCAUGGAAAUAAUUUUUUCGUGUUUUUCAACAUGACUGAUUUAUUGUCUUUAAACCAGUGUUUAACUCCAAUGUAAUCACAAUGUGUUUAAAGUGAAUAAAAAUGAACUUACUUUACCAUGAAAUAAAAAUAAUGAUGCAAUAUUUGUUUAGGCAAAA